UCAUGACUGAUUCCUCACUGUCACAACUUUUCCUCUACGUCAGUCACUACUUACAUACGGUUGCAGGUUGUUUCGUUCCUUCUCGUUGGCCAUAUUUUUUCAUAUAUUUGUUUCUUUUACACGGUUAUGGUGGAAGAAUGGGACUUUUCUAUUUUAACCCUCAACGUCUGGGGAUUGCCCUGGGUCCUCACCCCGAACAAGAAGGAUCGGAUGGAAGCAGUGGCACAGAAGCUCAACAAACUCAAUAUCGACGUAGUCUGCUUCCAGGAACUCUGGCUCGACGACGAUUUCAACCUGCUCGCCGAUCUGACGGCAUCUGCAUACCGAUACAGGCAGUACUAUUACAGCGGAGUGCUCGGAUCCGGACUUGCAGUCCUAUCAAAGCACAAGAUCCUUUCUGGCUUUUACCAUCAAUGGCCUCUCAACGGUUACCCCCACAUGAUUCAGCAUGCAGACUGGUUCGGCGGUAAAGGAGUCGCCCUGACAAAAAUCAAAUUUCACGAUUUAAUAAUCAACAUUUACAACACACAUCUGCAUGCACAAUACAGCGAUGAAGACAAGUAUAUCUCUCAUCGAGUUGUUCAGUCCCUUGACACAGGGCUUUUCUUGAGACUGACUUCAUUCGGCUCAGACUUCACAGUAUUUUGUGGUGAUAUGAACUCUGAACCAGGUGACAUCUGCUACAACCUCAUCACCGGCCUAGGCAACCUCAAGGAUGCUCACUGUGCCGAGGUCAACGAUUUCAAGGAUUGGGGAACAUGCGGCUCUUCAAGGAUAUCAUUCACUAGUCAGAAAGAUCUCGAUGAAAAUCCUUUGGGCAAAAGGUUUGACUAUAUCCUCUACAAUGUGAAAAACGGAUAUGCGGCCACUCCUGAAGAGUACAAGUUUCCUUUUGAAGACACGGUCCCUGGGAAGAUCUUCAGCUACUCCGAUCAUGAUGCCAUUUCUGCUAGUUUUACCAUUAGAAAAUCUAACAAUAAAAACAACUCUGAAGGAUAUGAACUUCUUAGGAUGAGUGACUUGGAACACGCCCUUUGCAUUUGCAGUACGGCUUUAUGUAAUGUGCCAAAAAACACCAGAUACUACUGGACGGUCUUUAUUCUCAUAUGUACUAUUCUUGUCCUGCACCCUUUCCACAUGUUAUAUCCGUAUUAUUUCUAUGCUGUAUUUCUCCCCCCAACAUCACUUUUACUUUUUUAUUGCCUGUUCAUGGCAACAAUAUGGCAUCGUCUUGAGACAAGAAGUCUACUCGGUGCAAUUUCACGUAUUGAAACAAUCAAGCAAUGUUGUUAGCAAAUGAAAUAAUAAGAUAGCACUUCUACAUAUUUUUAGUUAAAAUGCAUCUAUUCUGUUCAUACAGUGGAAGUUUAUAAAGUGAAGAAAAUAAUGCUCAUCCAGGUGUGCUCAAUUAGCGAAGAAAGAUUAAAGGUCAUUUAUUUAAUUAAAGACUGGCCAAAAAUGUAAGAAUAUUUAAUACACCUGUCAAAUUAUUUGUUAUAUGUCUAUGAAAACAUUUUCUUUACUUUUGUAAGUAUACUAUAAAAACAUAUAAAAGAUAUAUAGACAAGAGAUAUAUAGACAAGAGAACACUACAUUGUUAUUUAUGUUAUUGUUAUUUAUUUUCUUAAAUGAAAUAUGUUGUUAGGAAAUGUUCUGUACUAGAAAUUGGCAAUGAUUGCCAAUAUUUUUGGUGAAGAAGAGGAAAACUGUAAAAAAACUGUGAGACGGUACUUGUUUCUCAAAUCUUUGGGAAAACAGAAAACUGAAGAAGAAUAUUGGAACAUUUAAUUUAAUAACUCCAAUUUGCUGUGUGUCUACAGUAAGAAAAACAAUUUAUUUUUUAAAUUUUUUAUUUCAACUCAAUUAUAUGAUUAUAUAGCCAAUUAUAUAGGUAAUUGAUCUUUUGGAACAUUCCAAAUUAAAUGGUAAAUAUAUCAAUGAAAUUAUGAAUUAUUUGUGAUUAAUUAUAUAAGGUUAAGAUUAAUUAUUAAGAUAAGAGAUAAAUAAAUACCACAUAUUAUAAGAUAAGGUUAAUUAAAAUUAUUAAAAAAUAUAAAAUUGUGAUAAAUUCAUGAAAAUGAUAUGUUCAGAGAAAUGUGAUUGAUCAUUCCAAUUGUCAGCUGUUGAUGCAACAAAGCAGUGGGCUGUCUGCAUACAUCAUUGUGGCAACAUGCGUUUCAUACAUGGAGCGUGCCAUCACGUAUAAAAUAUUUUGUCUGGAAAAUUGUGACUGAACUGGCAUUUGAUGGUCGUUUUGUUAUAAUGGGCGUUUUCCAAUGUUAUUGGUACAAAGAAUAUUUUUUUGCUUAUGUCGGUACAGUUACGGUCCUAGUAUGAUGGGGGUAGUGGCUAAAGACUAAAGGUUUUAGUAUUUUGGUCGUCUCUUGAUAAAACCAGCAAGAUGGGGCAGAUCAUUAUCAGAGACAAUAAAGCUACAGGUUUAUCAUCUCGCUUUUUUCCCCUAGUAACAUAAAUUUUUGUCCUUAUUUAUUGUUUUGCACAACAAAAUUGAAAUUGAUUUAAAAUCAAAUUUCAAUUUUGUCCUUAUUUAUUGUUUUGCACAACAAAAUUGAAA